GAAGAAGUGACGUCAAAAGUAAACAGAUGAGUUGUCAGUGGACAUUAAUUUUGACUAAAGGAGGGGAUGGUUUAAAAUUAAAUACUUAUUUUUAUGUACAUUAAGAGACAUAAAAAAAAACAGGUGCUAAUUCAAAUAACGUUAAAGUGACCGUGUUCCGCGAUGUUCACAGACAUGGAGUACGAUUUAGAGGAGGACAGAUUGGGGAUACCGACAGUACCUGGUACUGUGAAUUUGAAGAAAGAUGCUAACAACCUUAUUGGGAUCAGCAUUGGGGGUGGUUCGCAGUACUGUCCUUGUCUUUAUAUUGUACAGGUGUUUGAUAACACUCCAGCAGCUCUGGAAGGAACUCUGGCAGCAGGUGAUGAAAUCACAGGAGUGAAUGGCAAACCAGUGAAGGGAAAAACUAAAGUGGAAGUGGCCAAGAUGAUUCAGGCAGUCCAGGGAGAAGCAACAAUCCAUUACAAUAAACUGCAGGCAGACCCAAAGCAAGGGAAAUCUCUGGAUAUAGUCCUGAAAAAAGUGAAGCAUCGCCUGGGAAAUAUGAGCUCUGGCACAGCAGACGCUCUUGGACUCAGCAGAGCUAUUCUAUGCAAUGAUGGACUGGUUAAGAGACUGGAAGAACUGGAGAAAACAGCGGAGCUUUAUAGAGGGUUAAUGGAGCACAAGAGGCUGCUCAGGGCUUUCUUUGAGCUGUCUCAGACUCACAGAGCCUUUGGUGAUGUUUUUUCUGUCAUCGGGGUGCGAGAGCCCCAGGCGGGAGCCAGCGAGGCCUUUGUGAAGUUCGCUGAUGCUCAUCGCAACAUUGAGAAAUAUGGAAUUCAACUGCUGAAGACCAUCAAACCUAUGCUCCAUGAUCUGAACACGUAUCUCCACAAGGCCAUACCAGACACAAAGCUCACCAUCCGCAAGUACCUGGACGUCAAGUUUGAGUAUCUAUCAUACUGUUUGAAGGUGAAGGAGAUGGACGAUGAAGAAUAUGGGAGUAUUUUUUUUUUUUUUUUACAUAACCCACUUUUCCACCAGCCACCAGUUGAUUCCUGUCCUCUUUCCUUCUCUCCAGUCCAGGACAUCGUGUUCCAGCUGCAGCGUUUUGUAUCAGGCAUGUCACGCUACUAUGAUGAGUGCUACGCAGUCCUGAAGGAGGCUGACGUUUUCCCCAUCGAAGUGGACCUGUCCCGCACCACCAUCAACUACAGCAGUCAGCCGUACACCUACACUGAUGAAGACGAGGAUGAGGAGGGCCACGGUGGAGACGAUGGAAGUAGCCAGAUCAGACAAGAAGAGAACGGCGCUGAGAAGCUGAUUGAUGACGAAUGAGAGUUUGAAGUGUGUGCUGGUGAUUUUGUGCAAGUCAAAUCUACACCUGAACCAUCUUUCAUAUCAGUGAUCGAAGCAAAGUUUUUAUAUAGCUAGAUAGAGAGAGAGAGGGCGAACAGAUGAAAUAACUGGAAAAGUUGCUACAGGAGUGUAAAUUGUCCGUUUGGAGUCUUUUUUUUUUUUUUUCUUCAGUGGUAUCGAGUGUACAGUUAAAAUUAGUGCCUGUGGUGGAGGUGUAAUGCUGCCUCCCAGGUGCAGCAGGGUGUCAGAAUUUUCAUGGUUCAAGUUCCCACAUCAGAGCGUUCCAGCUCCCCAACACCAAAUGUAAGCAAGAAAAAUGGCUGCAUGAGUAAAAAUAUUAACGUUCCUGAAUUAAUGUCUAUACUAACUCACUGGUCACUUUAUAGGUACACACUGUAAUCCAUUUACACCAACACAGGCAACACAUUUUGACAUCAAUUUGCACACAUAGACCAGGUAGCUGAGUGACAAGAAGCUGGCCUGCUAAUAUGUGCAGACUGUGUUCAAAUCCUACUCAUGUUACCUGUUUGUGUCCUGGCACAAGACACAUGGUCUCAGUCCACCCAGGUGUAAAUGGGUACGGGCCUCAGGCAGGAAAGUGACCUGUCUUAUUUCUUCUGCACACAUAACCUCUAUAAUAUUAUUUUACAGUACAUUUUAUGUUAGUGCAGAAAAGCACAUUUUUUGGCUGAUGGUUUAUUAAUAACAUUGACCUCAUGACUGCUGCUGUGUUGAGUAACACAAUGAAUACAGUGCAGAUGGAUCUGGCUUGAGGUUUCCCAUUGGAGCUCUGACUUCAAUUCACCACUUCCACAAAAUUGUGACAAUAUACAUUCUGGAUCAAAAAAACAUUGUGAUAUUAAUUGAAAUAAUAAUCAUUUGAUCAGAAAUUAAUAGGAAAUUCCUCAGUACUGCAGCAUGCAGUGCUCUCUCAUAGUGUGUACAAUAAAUACAGUGGAAGACAAUUGUACAUUCAGUACUGUUCUAACAGAGUUUUUUUGUUAAAUGGGGUGAAGGAUAAAGUUCAGGUCCAAAAUAUUGUGAGGAUAUUGAAGCAUUACACUGCUGCUCUGUGGUUAUUAUUGUCCCAUAACUUACUAUUGAUUCUCAAAAA